UCACAGUGUUUCUGCUCCUCUAGAUCAGAAGUCUCCGUGUUCAGAAUUGUUGUUUUUAUUAUCUGCUAUAAUAGGAAGGGAAUAGAUCAAUAUCGGGUCCCUUCGUUCUCCUUGGGGCCUUGGCGCUGCAGUUAGUGUCGGGCUGAAACGGAAGAAGCACUGCCUCGUGUCUUGCAUUAGCACACUGCAUUCUAGAUACUCGGAGUCAUCAUGCUCAACGAAUACGAAGGAGAACCGCGCACCCUGCGGGCAUAUGCAUCAGGAGGCGGGUCUAUGUGCCUGGAGCUCACAGUCUCCGGAGAUGAAACUGCAUAUCCGUUCGAGCUGAUCCAGGAAAGUGCGAAUUACCUGCUGGCGGGGACCAAACACAGACCCAAGAUUGGCGUCAUAUGUGGAUCCGGUUUGGGUGGACUGGCUGACCAGCUGGGCGACCGAGAUGUUUUCCCCUACGAAGACAUCCCCAACUUCCCCGUGUCAACAGUCAAGGGACACGCAGGCAGGAUGGUGAUCGGCCUACUCUCCGGGGUGCCUGUCAUGUGUAUGCAGGGCCGCUUCCACGCUUAUGAGGGCUACCCGCUGUGGAAGUGCGCCAUGCCGGUGCGAGUGAUGAAGCUGAUGGGCGUGGAACAGGUUAUCAUCACCAACGCCGCCGGCGGACUCAACCCGGAGUUCAAAGUCGGUGACAUCAUGAUCAUCAAAGAUCAUAUCAACAUGCAGGGCUUCGCCGGAGACUCGCCUCUGCGAGGGCGCAACGACGAGCGCUUCGGGCCUCGGUUCCCAGCCAUGAACAACGCCUACGACAAGGACCUGCGCUCCAUGGCCAAAAACAUCGCUCAUGGCAUGAACCUCUCCAACGUAGUGCGCGAGGGCGUCUACGUGAUGCUCGGGGGACCCACCUACGAGACGGUGGCGGAGCUGAAGCUGCUCAGAAUUCUCGGAGUCGACGCCGUGGGCAUGAGCACCGUUCCGGAGGUUGUUGUAGCACGACACUGCGGCAUGAAAGUGUUCGCAUUCUCGCUGAUCACCAACGAAUGCAUCACCGAGUAUGAGACAGACGCAGAGGCCAACCACGAAGAGGUUAUUGACGUGGCCAACAAGCGCAAGAGCGACCUGCAAGAACUAGCACGCAGAAUAAUCGUAUCUAUGAAUGAAGAUUGCCAGGAGAAUUAGAGAAGUGAAAGUGUUAAGUCAUUUUGCUAUGGAACGACAAGACUUGGAGUCCCUCCCCCUACCUUUCUAUCUUUCUGUUUAUUUCUCUAUCUAUCUAUCUAUCUACCUAUCUAUCUAGCUAUCUAUGUCUUUGAAUCCGUUUGUAUAUCAUUUCUUCGAUCCACGCAGGAAGCGAUGUCCGAAUCAAGCGGCAUCCGUUUCCUUGCGAUCGGUUUCGUCUUACACCAUUAUUGCCAUAAUAUUACGCACUUUCCUCAGUUCUUGUUUUUUAUGACCAAAUUUGAAAAAAAAUGUAUAUGUAAUCAGAAUCCAUUUUAGUCUUAUAUCAUUGUGUGAUGCUUACAAAUGUAGUUUUUAAGGUGUUUUAUAUUUUGUUGAAGCAUGGAGGUUUCCCGUGUUAAAUUGGGUUUAUACUUUAUUAUAUGUGCAAUGUGAUCAUGGAGUCAAAAUGUGAAAGUAAUUUAUAUAAUUGGAUAAAUGUUUAGAUCAAAAUGAUUAACAGUUUUGAUGUUCUACUAUUGGAAUUAGAUCUGUAAUAAUAUCUGAACCGAAUUAAUCAGAUGUAUAUUUUUGCAUAUGUUUUUUCUUAUAUUUUACAUUUAUCAGGUACUGACUGCAUGAUAAGCGAAGAUGUUUAAUAUUUUGGAUGUAGUGCGCAUGACAUUAAAUACUUUGAAAAUUAUAAUGGAAGCUAUGUUGUAAUCAUUGUGUGCACACCACCGUGAGGAGAUAGCUUGAUUAGAGGCUAUUUCAAGUGAAUCAGUGAAUCUUGUAACACUAUAGAUGCAUUAUCUAGUGCUUCCAUCUACUCUAUUUUAGUGUGUUUUGCAGGAAAUAUGUUUCCAAAGUGCCUGUACUACAUAUUAUAUGAUUAUGCUGAUGCUGAUUUUCAGUUCAUCUAAAAUGCGGUUUAGAAAUACUUAGAUGCAUGUAAUGGGCUUUUCAUUUUAGAGUUAGCCAUAUUUUUAUUACAAAUGGUUUCUCUUAUCUGACUGAUGUACAAGCAAUUGUGAAAGUGAUGCAUAAAUCUAUAGUCUGUUCGAAAUCUUGGCAACCAGCUCACCAAAGUUACGAGGUCACUUUAUCAGCCGAUUAUGAAAGGAGUAAAACGUAAGAUAAUGACAAUCUCUUGUUAUUAUCAUGCAAGUGUUUCUAUUUCUCCCAAUGUCAUAAAAAAGUCAGUAUACUUUCAAUCACUCGCUUUUCUACACGGUGUCUGUAUCAUGUAUUCCACCACAGUGCUAGAAUCUGGUACUUCAGGAUGGUGCUCUUUCACGGCAGUACGUUUGGCUGCAUUUCCCUCGUAGAUGCGCAGUGAAAAGGUCAUUCGUAACGAAUUGUUGCAAUAGAAUGACGCGUAUCACUGACUGCACUGUGAAUGCCAUAGCUCUUUUUUUCUCUCUUUCUUUGAAUUACCAGAAGCAUAUAAACUAUAUCCUUUCUCAUGAAUAAUAUCCAUCUGUUUUUUAAUACAUUCCAGUGACAAAUUUCUGUAAAUGUGUUUACUAUUUAGUGAAAUUCUGCCUAUGUGCCACUAGUUAUUUAAACAGACAUUGCAUUAUUUUUAUAGUUUUAACAAUGAAAAAAGACAAUGCGCAGCAUGAUAAUUCAGUAUUGCAAUAAAAUGUAUAUAAACCAA